UUUUUAACCAUUGUUCUUUUUUUAGUAUUCAUUCUCAGUUUCAAAAAUAUCGUAAAAUGCAAAAUGUCAUUACAACUAUUACAAACUUUAGAUGCACAUCUAGAACGUGUUUGGUGUGUAGAUUGGAACCCGAAAGGUACCUUACUUGCAAGUUGUGGUGGUGAUAGAUGUAUAAAAAUUUGGGCCAAGGAAGGAGAAAAGUGGGUCUGUAAGUCUACAUUGUCAGAUCAGCAUAAUCGUACUGUUCGAUCAAUAUCUUGGUCUCCUUGUGGUAAUUUUAUAGCAGCAGCAAGCUUUGAUUCUACAAUUUCUAUUUGGGACCGCCGAGAAGGUGAGUUUGAAUGCAUUGCUACGCUAGAGGGUCAUGAGAACGAAGUAAAAUCUGUUGCAUGGAGUAUAUCAGGGUCGUACUUAGCAAGCUGCAGUCGUGAUAAAAGCGUUUGGGUGUGGGAAGUGGAUGAUGAUGAUUUUGAAUGUGCCAGCGUUAUGAAUAAACAUACUCAAGAUGUGAAAAAAGUAAAAUGGCAUCCACAUGUUGAUGUGUUGGCAUCAUGUAGUUACGAUGACACUAUAAAUGUUUACAAAGAGGAUGAUGAUGAUUGGACAUGUUAUGAUACAUUAACUGGUCACACAUCAACUAUUUGGUCUAUUUCUUUUGAUAAAACAGGUGACCGUAUCAUUUCUGCGUCAGAUGACCAUAAUUUAAAAAUAUGGCAAUGCUAUCACCCAAAUAAUCCAGAUGGGAUUAUCACUACAGGCAAUGAUCCAACAUGGAAAUGUGUCUGCACAUUGUCAGGAUACCACACUAGGCCUGUGUAUGAUGUUGACUGGUGUCAUCAUUCAGGUCUUAUUGCAUCUGCUGGUGGUGACGAUUCUAUUAAGAUAUUCAAAGAGGACUUGGAGUUAAGUAGUAAGAACAAACAAUGUUAUAAAAUGGUAGUUAGCUUAGAUCAAGCUCAUAUACAAGAUGUAAACUGUGUGAAGUGGAAUCCAAUAGAUUCCUCUUUAUUAGUUUCUUGUUCUGACGAUAUGAAUGUAAAAAUUUGGAAGUUUAAAAAUGAUGAUUUAUGAAAUAGAUGUUUUUUUUUUGU